UAAUCUUUGGUACAAUAAUAUCUUUGAUUCAUCAAAAUCUCAAUGUACAGUUAUUCCUUGUUUGGAUAAUGAUAAUGAUAAAAUCUUUCAAUCCACUUUCGAACAACAACAUUUACAACAACAACAAUCUCAACCACCACAACAUUUACAACAUCAACCUCAACAACAACAACAACAACGAUUAUCACAACAACCUUCACAACAAUCUCAACCACAACAACUAUCACGACUAUCACAACUAUCACAACUAUCUCACCUACAAAUUGUAUCAAGAAUGGUUCAAGAAGCUCUUCCUAAUUUUCCAAUCAUCAUUCCUACUUCAAAAACUAUUGAAGAAUUAGUAACUUGUAUAUCUCAACGUUCUAGACCUGGCAAACCUCCUCGUCCUCAAAAUAGAUUUCUUUUAUAUCGUAAGAAUUUAUCAGCGAAUUUACAUAAUCAAUUAUUAGGUUUAGGUGUGAAAGGAAUUUCUUCCCUUGCUGCUCAAUUGUGGAACGACGAAUCACGUGAAGUCAAAGAAUUUUACAAUCGGUUGGCUGAUUUGGCCAAAAGGAUUCACAAGAAAGUAUAUCCUUAUUAUAAAUUUACUCCCAAAAAUGUGAAACGAAAAUCUGCAACAAAUAAUAAGAAAAAGAGUAAUGAUCCCAAAUCAUUGAGUCCAAAU